ACCAGGAGGAGGAUGGGAAGAAAAGGGGGUGGGUCUGGGAGAGGCAAACGGAACCAGAAUGGGGCACUAAACCCCCCGAGGAGUGGGUCCCUCCGAAACCGGUAGAGGCGCACAUGAGAGCCUCAACAGGCACAUCCGAGAAGAGCUCGGGGUCGCAGGCAGCACAAGGAAAAGGGGAACAGACGGUGCACGAUGACAGGGCUGGGGAAAAAGGAAAGGAGAAUGAACCGAACCCGGAGCAGUAUAUGGAUAUCAGCACGACGGACCUCUCUCGAGAGAAGCCGGACCAAGGGGAUUCUUGUCAAAAGGAUGGAGAACUUCCCAAGCAGCUGUCUCAAAAGUUGCCCGACCAGGGGGGGCCUGGCCAGAUGGAGGGAGGGUUAACGAGGCAGAUCAGUACAGAAAACAGGUUCGGGCCACUUGAUGUGAAAACAGGGGACGAGGAGGAGAAAGGGGAAGGUGGGGGGGACGGCAUUGCAGGCCUGAUAGACCUGAGGCAGACCAAGAAGAAAAUGAGAAAAAAUAACAAAAACGACCAAAAGACCCAAAACGAAGAGCUGGGAACUGCAGAGGGGGAGAACCAGAACCAGAACUGGGCUGAGGAAUCGGCUGAGAAAUCCAAGGAAUCGAAGGAACAGGAAAAUUCGGCAGAAAACCGAGAUCCAUUCAAGGAGGUUCUCGGUUUUGGCCCAAUGGACUGGGAUGCCUCCCCCCCAACACACUCCGCGCCCCUCCCCCCCCCCCGGGACGUGAUCAUGUCCGAGUGCCCCCCAGAAGGAACUGAUGAGCGCAACAGCGACAGCGCAAAAAGCUCAGGGGGGGGGGCUGAGCACACAGAGGGCACAGCAGCACAACCCCAGACUACAACGGAGACAAAGCUGAUGGCACUAACAGACUGGCUAAUUUUGCGUUUGCAGGAGAGUCACCCGGGACAGACAACAAAAUUCUGGGAUAACUCCUUCAUAGAACUCUUCGAACUGCUGGACUCAAGCUCCAGCCUAAAAGGAAUUCUGGAAAACAGGGCACCACAGGAUAUCCCCUGGGCCGUUUUCAUGGAAAAGAUUCUGUCCAAAAUCCAAGCGGGAUUUUCAUGCCCACAGACCGAUGGAAGGAAAAACGGACCUGCAGAAGAAUCACAACAGGCCUCGUCACCCCAUACAUCGGUCCCCUCGCAGGCCCCAGAACCAUUAGGGGAGAGGGAAGGGAAGCAAAAAGAUGGGGACCGGGGGACGACACCAGAAAUGGUAGAGACUGUGGAAAGGGCAGAGGAAGAAACGACUACGAAGCGGAUGCGACUGAGGCACCUGGUGGAGAAAGGACAGCACGAGCAGAAGUUGUCCAUCGAGGGCGUCCUGGUCCUUCCAAUUAGAAAGAAGGAAGGAAAAUGGCAAGCGGGCAUGACCAAGGCAGCGGGAGACGACAAAUACGGUGGCGUCACGCUGCAGGGGUGGCUGAAGGAAGGGAACUGGAUGGGGUAUCAGGUAGCCCAGGCACUAUAUGAACGUACAGCCAGAGAAUUCAUAGCCAGAAAAUAUGAACCGGGGGCCUGCGCAACAUACACAGUGGCAUCCCAACCGCACAGAGUGGCUGGUAAAGACUUGUAUGUUAAAUUUGACGCCACCAAGGAAGCUGGAAUGAGAUGGUACAUACACCAGGAACUGUUAGAACUGCAGAUCCUGAAGGUAAAACCAAGUAAAAUAUGGUCAGAGCGGGACCUGAUGACGAUAUUGUGCUCCAUCUUGAAACAGGGUAUACUACUAAACACGGUCAACUGGGAAGGGACGUUCUGGGAGCGUUUGUAGGAAGCCUCCUCCACCUUAUGGAUCUCAUUGAGGUUGUAUACCAAAGG